AUGGUGAGGUCGCAUAUUUACCGUCUCAUCUUUCUUCUGGUGGUAACUGCGGGACUUGUGAAGCUCAAAUACGGCAAUCAAAGAAGUAAACUGGAAGAGGAGCUCUUUCGGAAGUCCAGUACUUCUAUUUCCAGGUUUGAUUCAGUACGAAGGCGAACAUUUAUAGGAAGACCAAAAUUAUCCACAAACUCCUACGAUGAUAACUUAAUGAACGCUAAGAUGGAAAUAGCAGAAACUGGGAGCCAGAAAGAAAAUGCUACCAUUUUAAUGUUAGUAAGAAAUUGGGAAUUGGAGGAAGCAUUGGGAUCGAUGAGAUCCCUCGAAGAUAGAUUUGAUAAGCAUUUUGCAUACGAUUGGACAUUCUUGAAUGAUGUUCCCUUCAGUGAUGAAUUUAUAGACGCAACAACCGCCAUGGCAAGUGGUAAAACUCAAUAUGCAUUAAUUCCCGAAGAGGAUUGGAACCGCCCAUCAUGGAUCAACGAAACAUUGUUCGAAGAGAGGUUGAAAGUAAUGGAAGAUAAAGGUGUACUAUAUGGUGGUGUCAAGUCGUAUAGAAAUAUGUGUCGCUUUAAUUCUGGGUAUUUUUUCAGACAAGACAUUCUUAAGGGAUACGAUUAUUAUUUUAGGGUGGAACCAGGUGUCGAAUAUUUUUGUGAUUUCCCCUAUGAUCCAUUCUAUAUCAUGAGGAAGUAUCAAAAGAAAUAUGGCUUUGUGAUAACAAUGUAUGAAUACGAAGAUACUAUUCCAACUUUAUGGGAAAAUAUAGAAAUGUACCUUGACGAAAACGAGCAAGAUAUUGAUAUGGAAAACAAUGCUCAUAAGUUUUUGACAGAUUCAGAAAUAAUUGGGAACCAAGUAAAUAUAAUUGAUUCCAAUACAGAAUACAACCUUUGCCAUUUUUGGUCCAAUUUCGAAAUUGGAGAUUUAAAUUUCUUUAGAAGUGAUAGAUACAAGAGAUAUUUUGAAUUUUUAGAUUCUAAAGGUGGAUUCUAUUACGAAAGAUGGGGUGAUGCCCCAGUGCAUACAAUUGCAGCAGCAUUAUUAUUAAAUCGAGACGAAAUUAUACAUUUCGAUGAAAUAGGAUACAAACAUGAUCCAUUCUAUACAUGUCCAAGCGCUUACUAUAUGAAAUUAAAACAAAGAUGUGUCUGUGAUCCUCAUGGAGAAUACAGCGUUGACUUGAAUGAAAUAAGUUGCUUACGGAAAUGGUGGAAGAAUGGGAGUGGGAAAAGAUUUCUCAAAUAUGAAUAG